UGGGUUUACGGUUGAAGCCAUGUCGGACGUUGUCGGUGAAGAAUGGAUUGAAGAUUUGAACGCCGUGGGCGUUAUUGUCGGGGCUGUCGUAUUUGGAGUGCGGCAUUCUGCAGCUCAGAGCACAUUGGUCCAGCUCCGAGCUGCUUGUAAUUGGCGACGUCAGAAUGACUCUGUCGGGGCUCGAAUGGUGGUCAAGUUGGACGUCUGGAAAGGGGCUGGCGGACCCAAGGCCGAGGCGGAGCGUUUUUUCUUUCCCGCAAUCCGAUCAAAGAAAUUCCAAUUGUGGGGAAGGAACCAUCAAAGAGCUUCACCACAACCACAACCACAACCACAAUCAACACAACACAUCAUGGCCAUAACAAAGCGCCCUCGCGACGAUGCGUCUACCGACCGCGCCGCAAAGAAGCACAAANAGGGUUUCAUCGUCGGCCCCCAAAAUCUGCCCGACGGCACCCAUCGUCGCAAGAGUACAUACGCGCCCGUCUCACAUGGCGCUAUCAAGCGCAAUCUGAUCGAAAAGGCGAAGCUGAAGAAGGAAUACGCAAAGCAAAGACAACAAGCUGGAGACGACGUCCAACCAAAGCGCCCAUCGACAUAUGCCACCACAGAGGACGAUGAACAAGACUCGCCGGACGAAGUCGAUGCCGAAGAAGAGGUCGAGGUGCAAGUGAAAGUGCCGCGACAAGCAAAACCGAAACGCAAAUCUCCAUCGCCAGCCGCUGCUCCUGCCCCUGUCCCUGCCUCUAUAGCAGAGGCACCCGAACAAAACACAGAGUCAAAUCUUUCAGGAAUACACCACAGUCGCCGUCAAAAAAUCAUCCCAUUCGCCAAGGAACACCGCGCUGCUCAGCGUCAAAAGAGGGAGGCCGAGGAACGCCGUGCUGCCUACGAGAGGUCGCAACAGGAAAGAGCGGAAAAGACGGAAGAAAGAGAGAGGUUUAGAAAAGCAAUGGCAAAAGCAAGAAGUGGUGGCAAGAAUGGUCAGAGGAAGCUCGGAAGAGAAAGCACCGUUUUGCUGGACCGCAUCAAGAGAAUGGUCCAGCAG